AUGGCAUUUCCACACGUUAAAGUGAUAUUUGAAAUUGGUCAUGAGGCGUCUGUUAGAAACAAACGAACACCAGAAGGCUUCACUCAUGACUGGGAAUUGUUUGUUCGUGGUGCUGACAACACCGACAUACAUUUCUUUGUCGACAAAGUUGUGUUCCAUUUACAUGACACAUUUCCAAAUCCAAAAAGAGUGGUUAAAGAACCACCUUAUGUCGUGAAAGAAUCGGGAUAUGCUGGUUUUCCGUUACCUAUUGACAUAUAUGUAAAAAAUAAAGAUGAACCAAGAAAAAUUAGGUUUAACUAUGAAUUGACACUUCAAGAACGUGGUUCACCACCUAUGUCAAAAGUCAUUAGAGAAACCUAUGUAUUUAGCCCUUCAGAAGAUUUCAGACGAAAGCUUAUCAAAGGUGGAGGAGUUAGUGUCCUGCGAAGAUUUACUCAUUGCGAUAUCUCAAGAAAUAAUCGAGAUAUUAAAAUUCUGGUUUUGUUACAAGACUCACGAGAAUUAAAACUACAAUAA